AGCAUUCAUCUGGAGAGCAAAGCCUCGCAACGUGCACACUCCGCCCCGCGUCAACAUCAAAUGCUGGGACCAUUGAGUUCGAAAACACAAUUUUCAAAUCCGCCACAUCCUUGGUGAAACACAUUACACCGUGGGACCGGUGAUUCAGCCAUUGAAUUACUCUCCAUUCGAUCAAGGAGUAUUUACGCAGUGAAGUGAAUUACUUGCAGAGAAUGUUUAUCUCAUUCCUUGCAUGAUUCCUUCAUCACUCGGAAUUGUGGAAUAUGGCAAAUGACUACAUUCCAGUAGCUGAUUUCUAUGAGGGAAAAUCUAUUUUUGUUACCGGCGCUACUGGGUUUCUCGGCAAACUGCUGGUAGAAAAAUUGAUGUGGUCAUGUCCAGGAAUAGAAAAUAUUUUUCUAUUGAUACGACGAAAGAAGAACGAAGAUGAAGAAAGUCGUCUGGCAACAUUUCUACGUACUCCUGUUUUCGAUCGCUUACGCAAAUACCGUCCUAAUGACCUGGAGAAGAUUUCUGUAAUACCUGGAGACUUGUCCAAACCAUUUUUAAGCAUCAGUCCGAAAGACCAAGAAAUAUUAAUUGAAACAACUUCUGUAGUAUUUCAUGUUGCAGCAACAUUACGAUUUAACGAACCACUGAAAGAGGCAGUAACUGUAAACACUACCGCUACAAAGCACCUUGUCGAAUUUUGUUCACGGAUGUCAAAUAUCAAGGCAUUUGUCUAUAUUUCAACUGCAUAUAGUCACUGCGAUCGCCCUGAAGUGGAUGAAAAAUUUUAUAAUGCCGUUCAUGAUCCAGAAACUAUCAUUCAUCUAGUCGAAAUAUUGGAUGACGAUAUCACUGACGCAAUCACUCCAAAGUUAUUGGGCAAACGGCCAAACACGUACACGUACACGAAAGCUUUGGCUGAGAAUGUGCUUCAGAAGCACGACAAGGAGCUUCCUAUUGCAGUAGUUAGACCAUCUAUGGUUAUAUCAACAAUGAUGGAACCUUUUCCUGGAUGGAUUGAAGGUUGGAAUGGCCCUUCUCCUUUCCUUGCAGCUACAGCCAAAGGGCUCAUUCAUGGACUGCUGGCAGACGCAAACGCGGUUACUGACGUGAUUCCAGCAGACAUAGUUGUCAAUCUCACCAUAUGUGCUGCCUGGCGCACAGCCAUGCAGGGAGGAAUACAAAAAAUCGAAGUGUACAAUUGUUGCACCGGUGAAAGAAAUCCCAUCACAUGGGGAACCUUCUUGAAAUACAGUUAUAAAGCUUUGUUAAAAUAUCCUUUGGACGAAAUGAUUACUUUUCCAUUCUUUUCUUUUCAACGCCAUCCAAGUAUACGCUUCAUCCAGAAGUUACUUUUGGAGCAAUUACCUGCCUUCUUCAUCGAUUUAAUUUAUCGUCUUGCUGGAAAAAAGGGAAUGUGA